AUGUCAGCGGAAAGACGUAAAGCGAUUUUGCUGAAAAUCGACCCCAAAUUGGCUGCCAUGACGGUGGCAGAACCUAGUUCAUCCAGUGAUGGGAUGUUAUUUGGUGAUACCUUCGGGAAGGGCCUGGGGUCCUAUGUUAAAACCUUUACGGCCAUUGAUAAAGCCCAGGCCAAUAUGAAGCGCAUGUUUGCACCUAAGGUUUUCUGA